AUGCCAAAGAGAACGCACAUAACCCACUGGAUCCCCGAAAUGGUCGAGGUGGAGUACAACCAGCGCUGUAGCCAGGGAGAUAGAGUGCUGUAUGUGUCUUGCAAGUGUGGACGGGUGGAGACGCGCCCAGCUCUACGCAGGACUCUGGAUCCAGACACGGCUCAUCCCAGACUCAUCCUGUCUGAGGAUCGGAAACAUGUGAGAUUCGGAGACACUUGGCAGGAUCUGCCCGACAACCCUGAGAGAUUUGAUCUUUGUGUCUGUGUCCUGGGCGCUGAGCGGUUUACAGGAGGGAGGCGUUACUGGGAGGUGGAGGUGGGAGACAAGACUGAGUGGACGCUGGGGGUUUGCAGGGAAUCUGUGAACAGGAAGGGGAAGAUUAUAUGGACACCUGAGGAUGGAUACUGGGCCGUGUGGCUGAGGGAUGGGGGAUACAAGGCCCUCACCUCCCCACCGACCUCCCUCCGCGUGAGCGUCAGGCCCAGCCAGGUGGGGAUUUUCCUGGACUAUGAGGCGGGCGAGGUCUCGUUUUACAAUGUGACUGACAGGUCCCAUCUCUUCACUUUCACUGGCACCUUCUCUGAGAUGCUUCGUCCUUAUAUCAAUCCUGGUGUCGGUUCUGGGGGUACAAACACGGCUCCCCUGAUCAUCUCCCCGGUCCCAGCUCAGUUGGAGGCCGUGAACUUCAAAGGAAAGUUUGAAAGCUCGAAGCCUCUGGUAAUUGGCUGA